AGUUUUACUUUUGGACAGACAAAAUUGUUAGGGCAAAAAAACAUUUAACAUUUUAUUUAAUUGAAAAAUUUUUAGUGCAAUGCUAUAGCGGUUACACUUAUUUUAUACAUUUCGAUGAUUAAUACCUUCUUCCUAAUAGUCAGCUGCUUUUGGGCUUUAGGCCGGGCAGCUGAUUGGAGCUAUCCCAGCUUUCCCAAAUGGGGCGGUCUUUGCGAUGAGGGUAAGCAGCAAAGUCCCAUUGAUCUGAAUGACCAAGAGUCCAAGAAGGUAAACUUAGAUCGCCUCAUACUGCAUAAUUACGAAAAGACCCAAGAGAAUCUUACCAUGGUCAACAAUGGACACACAAUUCAAGUGUCUGGCUUCAAAUCGAACUUAACCCUUAGCGGUGGUAUCCUGAAGAACGAAUAUGUAUUGGAGCAAAUCCACAUGCACUGGGAAUCGGAGCACACUAUCAAUGGCAUUCGGUAUCCGCUGGAAAUGCAUUUCGUUCACAGGAACCCCAUCUACCCAAAUAUAAAGACGGCUACCAUGUUUGAGGAUGGUGUUGCCGUGAUUGGAGUGCUUUUUCACGAGUCCCACGUAGAGAAUGAACUACUUGGGGCCGUCACCAGAAUCCUGAAGGCUGUGAAGGGCUACGACAUGAUAGACCAGCCCGUUAAGAUGGAGGAGCCCUUAGUUUUGGAUUAUCUUGUGCCUAGUUUAAAAAGCUAUUACAGCUACGCCGGUUCCCUGACCACCCCGGGCUGCUCCGAGGCCGUCACCUGGAUCGUACUGACGGAGACCUUACCUGUGAGCCUGCAGCAGUUGACAAAGUUCAAGGAGAUCGAAUAUAGGCCGGGAAUGCAAUUGCGCAGCAAUUACAGGGAGUUGCAGACAAAGGGGGACCGAAAAGUAUUCCUGGUCUCAGAGGCACCAGAAUUAGCGAGACUCUCGGUGCCCCUGUCAUUGAUCCUGACUUUUACAAUUGCGAACCAAAAGUUCUUCCUGUAACUGGUCGCAGAUUUUAAAAAUGGAUAUGACUCCACGGGGCGUAUACGUAAUAGCAAAGUGACCGCUGAUAGUAGUACUUACUUAAUGAAAAAUAAUAAAUUAAAUACAAACAUCAUUUUGCCACAA